AUGCACUUCUCCCAGACCUUUGCCGCCGCGGCCGUCCUGGCCCUGGGCCCUAUGACCGUCCUGGCCGGCUUCCCCGUUGCCACCGUCGAGUUCCAGACAUGGGAGUCGUGCGAUGUUGGCGCGCCCGCGAUAGGCGAGCCUAAGUCCACCAGGCAAGUGAGCGUGACGUCGCUGACUUGCGGCCAUACCUCGGUCGACCGCGACUGGAGCGUCAACAACUACUCCUUCAGCGCACACCUGAUCGGCGAUGAUUCGGGCUGUUGCUCCAGUGUGAGUGUCUGGAACAACGACGACUGCUCUGACGAGCCCGUGUACGAGCUGCCGUUCGAGCAUGGCCCAUUCGCCGAGCCCCAGUGCCUGCCUGAAUUCCUGGAGCCAGGUUUUGUGUCGUUCAAGCUGAACUGCUUUGAGUUCCCCGGGGAAGAGUAG